UCUCUCUGGACACUGAAUGCACUCUCUGUGCUGAGGAAGAAGAGGGGAGGAGACGGCGGCUGUGAGGGAGGUGGACGGGACCCAUAGAUAUUAAUUAUACAUUAGCCAGGAAGAAUGUGACUCUGUGAGAAGGGGCAGCACAGACAUGACUGGACUCCUGAGCACUGAGACCGUGUGAGGGAGGAAAGAGACAGACGAGGACAGACGAGGAGUAGAGAGACAGCCGAGGAGCAGAGAGACAGCCCUGACUCAGGAGUGAGACUUGUGGGACAAUGCUGGGACUCGCUAUGGCUGCCCAGGCUGUGCGGUGUCUCUAAGCGAUGUCUCUAAGAUAAGGCUGGAUGCGACACCUGACUACACGACGGACUUCUACCUCAGAUACGGACCCGCCACUGCGCCCGAGGACCUGGGAUUUGCCAUCCAUCUACCGUCUUCCUGCCCGGUCUGCCUGUCUUGGUCCGCUGUCCGGGAUGGCUGAGAUGAUGUGUAUACAGACCCAGGGCAAGCUCUGUCGAUCAGUUUGGAAAGGUUUGGUGUUGGGAAUUCUUCUCACUACUUUUUUAAUCUUGUUGUAUUCAUAUGCAGCUCCUCCACUUAGCUUUAGCAACACAAUAGGUUCUUCAUCCUUCCAGUGUCAUCCGCCUUCACUUCCUGAAUCCCCCUUACCUGAAUCCAAUUCCACUACAAAGUAUGAAUUGCACUGCCUCCCACGCCAUAACCUUAUGUUUCUUAAAACUCACAAGACAGGUAGUAGCACUAUCAUUAACAUUUUGUUCCGCUAUGGAGAGAAGCAUCAACUCCAGUUUGCCUUCCCACGUGGACGUAAUGAUUUUGACUACCCAAGGUAUUUCCAGCGUUGGAAGGUUGAGGGAUACCAACCUGGCUUAUGCUAUAAUAUAAUUUGCAACCACAUGCGAUACCGUCAUUCAGAGGUGAACCUACUGAUACCCCCUGAUACAAUGUUUGUCACAGUGCUGAGAGAUCCAGCUCUACUUUUUGAAUCCUCAUUUCAGUACUUUGCACAUGUUGUACCCUUAACUUGGAAGUUACCAGGUGAUGGAAGUGAGCAGAAGAUGGACACCUUUCUGCAAAACCCAAUGGACUACUACGACUCCAGUGGAUUCAAUGCUCACUACCUGCAUAACUUGUUGACAUUUGACCUGGGAUAUGACAAUGAAAUGAUUUUAAAGGACCCCAGGGUAUCAAACUUAUUAAAGGAACUUGAUAGUCGUUUUCAUUUGGUCAUGCUGUUAGAGUAUUUUGAUGAGUCUUUGCUGCUGUUGCGUGACUUGAUGUGUUGGAACAUGGAUGACAUACUUUAUUUCAAACUUAAUGCUCGAAAAGAUCUUAGUGGCUCACGUUUGAGUCUGGAGUUAUACCAACUAGCACAGGAAUGGAAUGCAAUAGACACACUUAUCUAUCGACAUUUUAAUGCAACGUUCUGGAGAAAGAUUGAAAAAUAUGGAAUGGAGAGAAUGAGAAAGGAUGUUCUAGAAUUAAAGAGGAGAAACAAAGAACUUAAACAAGAGUGUAUUGCAGGAGGUGGCCCUGUAGAUGCCAGCAAGAUACAAGAAUCUGGACUACAGCCAUGGCAACCUUUUGGGCACAGGUUUAUCCAAGGAUAUAACCUUAGAAAAAACAUUUCAACUAAGUACAAGCAGCUGUGUAGGAAUAUGCUAACUCCUGAAAUACAGUACAUGAGUAAGCUAGGAGCAGACCUAUGGCUGACACAACUGUGGGGUAAUAUUAGGGCACUGUUUAACUUUUAAAAAAGUGGGUGGGUAAAGCAGGAAUUAUUGUGUGCAAUAAAUAUGCUGGGACUCACAUACAGGAUUUCAGAUGACCAUAUAUGUGAUGCCCAUCUUUUGAACAUCUUUUCAAAUGUUUAUAUUUUACAACUUGGCGUGCUUAUAGAAAAAAUUAUGUUUUUUUAAAUACACAUGUUUUUAUAUAAUAAUAUAAUUUUAUUCUGAAUUUAAUUAAAAAUAAUAAUAAUAAUAAUUAAAAUGCCUGCAGUUCCACAAAAGUAAUGCUUAAAAUAGUGAGUCAUGAUCAAUCUACAGUAUAGGAGGAAAAGAUAACCUCAGUUAGGCUGGGUUCACACCGCGUUUUGUUAAAUACGGCUCCCGUAUACGGCUGGGAGGAGGGGGGCGGGGAAAACUGCCACUGCGGUUUUUGAGCCAAAGUCAGAAGUGGAUCCAUAAGGGAGGAGAAGUGUAAGUCCUUCCUUUAUAUGUCCUCUUCCUUUUGAGUACACUUCUGGCUUUGGCUCAAAAACUGCAGUGGAAACUUAGCCUUAUAGACUUAAAAACACCAGGAAAAAAAAACACUGUUUUUCCCUGCAUUUUGGCAUUUUUACCUUUGUGUGGAAUUUGCCUUUUUUGGCCCCUUUGGUGUUUUUAUUUCAAAAUGUGUUGGGUACCAAAAAAAAAAAAAAAAAGGAUGCAGUAGGGAUGGAAAAAAAUUUAUUUAACGAAAUGUUUUUUUUUUUAUAAUAAAGUGUGUGUGUUUCACUUUUUUCUUCUUCAUUUUUUUAAGUAGUACUACUACUCCCAGCAUGGAACAGACUGUUCCAUGAUGGUAGUAGUAGUACCUGUACUAAUAGAAAGAUAAUCCUAUCUAUAGCAGAGAUGCGGAGCGGCUCUAUACAGCACUCGCAUCUCUGCACUAUACUCUGGGCCGGCCAGUGAUAUGAGGCCGGUCACUCAUUCAUAUUUUCCGAGUGGGGAUUGGCCGGAUGGUGGCAGCCAAUCACAGCUCUCAGAGGGAAAUAUGAAUCAGCAAUGUUCUAAUCAUAUCACUGGCUGGAGUAAAGUGCAGAGAUGCUGAGCGCCAAAGAAAGACGCUCCGCAUCUCUGCAAUAGACGAUCGCAGUGAGUGUAACUUCUGACACCUGUUGCGAUCUGUCUAUUAAUGCCGGUACUACAGCUCCCAGCAUGGAGCAGAGUGUGCUCCAUGUUGGGAGUAGUAGUACUUGCAUUUAAGGACAGAUCACAGCCGAUGUCACUACUGACACCCGCUGUGAUCUUCCUGUAUAAUGUAUAGAUGUGGCCGGGGGCUCUUCUAUGGUCCCCUGCACUGCCGUAUAUAUACACCUAUUCAUAUUUCCCACAGAGAGUUGUGAUUGGCUGGACCCAU